AUGGGUCGAGGGGCCAAAGCCUGCAGUGCCUGUCAUUGGAGAAAGGUCAAGUGCGACGUACAAGCUGAGCCACCAUGUACCAAUUGCCGAAUAUUCGGGGAUGAUUGCGUGCCUCAUCAGAGAAAGCGGAAAGGCGAGCUUCCACAAACCACAUACUUACCGCCUUCUAAGCGGAGCACCAAUAACCAGACCCGUAUCACGACCCCAAUACAAGCGCAAGAGCAACAACGGCGAAGCAUUUCAGCGCCAUCGCUACUAAGCCCAGCACAGCCAAACGGAGCAGAGGCCGGAGAUCCACCACGGCCAAGCAAUGCGAGUCCUGGAAGCUACCUCGGCCGCGCGGAAUAUGUCCAAGGCGUAGCCCCGAUAGACGAGGAAGACGCGAAGGACUAUGCUGAUGAACCAAACAACGCGUUCUCUGAAGUAGAUCAUAGGUAUCUUCAAGAACUCGGAGCAUUAGAAUUGCCGACACGCGUUCUUGGGGACAGCCUAAUUUCGCAUUUCAUGGAGCGAUGCUAUCCGUGGAUGCCUAUCGUGAAUCGAUCAGAGUUCCGAAAGACAGACGACUUCGAACCCUCAUUACUCCUCUUUCAAUCUCUCUGUACUGCAGGGUGUAGGGUUUCAAUGGCCCCGACUGCGCAGGAGGUUGGCCAGGCAUUUUAUCACCGAGCCAAAGCAUUGUACUAUUCUGGUCAUGAGAAGAAUCCGCUCGUAAUCGUCCGCGCCAUGUGUAUGCUGCAAUGGUGGAAUCCUUCGGGGCCAGAGCAUGUAUCGAUCGACUCCAGCAGCUUCUGGCUGCACAUGACCGUUGGUCUGGCGCAUCAGAUUGGACUCCACCGGGAGCCAGACCGCAAGCAACCUCAUCCUAGCUUACGGAGGAGACUUUGGUGGACCAUAUUCUCUCGAGAUUGUUUGAUCUCCAUGUGCCACGGACGGCCACGGGCUAUACAUCCUGAGGGUUUUGAUGUGAGGCCGCUAACAUUGAACGACUUUCCUGAGUCUAAUCUCGAUGUCCACUUAUUUCUGUCUUAUGUUGACAUAUGUGGAAUAUUAGGUGAUUUGACGGAAGCGAUUGUUAGAGACAUGUUUGGUCGAGCAAAUCGAGUGGCGAUUGAAGCAAGGCUGUUGAACUGGAGCCGUUAUUUGCACGAGGAUCUACGGAUAUACCAUCAAGCUGGAAAUUUGGCCGCAUAUAAUUUCAAGGUUCGCCAACUGUGGGUUGCUUACUUUACUGCCUUGGUGCUUUUGUUCCCAACAAAAGCUCAUGCGCCUUCCGCUAUGGCGUUACUAGCCACUUCCUUCAUUGUGGCCAUUUUCGAAGAGUUUCUGAACCGGGGCGAGUUGCCUAUGCUUGCGCCUGUAUUCGUUUUCUAUAUGAUGACUGCAGGUCUGGUCCAGUCAACCGGUCUGAGAUGCCCGAACCUCGAGGUUGAGACGCGCCAUGAGUUAGAUAUUAUUGAUCAAUGUUUGGCAGAAAUGGGAAAGAGAUACCCGUCAGCCACCGGCGCGCGAAGGGUUAUUCGCGCUGUUUGUCGCGCUGCUACCCAGCAAGACAAACAUAUUGAGCUAUUGACAUUUACAAUAGAUGACAACCAGCGACAGUACCUCGAGCAAUUAGGACCGGAGCUGUGUCCCAAAUGGGAUACGAUUCACCCAACAAGGGCUCAGAAAAGAAUAUCUGAUGAGGGGUUAGAAGAUGUUGGACGGCUGGUGACGGAAUUUGAUCCAAACCCAGUGCUUGAAACAGAUAAUAUGCCACCUUCAUUGGCGAUAGACUCCCAGCAAGAGGUAUUAGACACAAAUGAAUAUUUUAUGGAAGGAAUGGACGGAUUUGGAAAUAUGGCAUCAUUGGGAAAUUGGAUGCUAGGCACAUGGGUUGGAGGGAUGGUGGAUAUGGCCUCGCUGAACGCUUUCAACAGCUAA